UCACUGAAGAUUCCCUCCUCCCUUAACAGCCCCCAAUUUCCAGCUAGUAUCUUCAAACAAUCUGCACUAAUAUUUAAAGUGAAAAGCCUGAGAAAAUUGUUUUAUCUUCUAACCCCACUGUUCUUGCCAACUUAUCUUUUCACAAAAUGUAAAGAAGAGUUUAUGAGCUGGGAAUCCUAUGUUUGGUCAUCACAUUCUGCAUUCAGACUGAAGCCUAUUAAUUGAGAAGCAAACAAAACUUACACAAACUUUUUUUUAAAUUAUUUUUAAAAUGUUGUUGCGUAUAUCAUUGAUAAUAUUUUUAUUUGUGAUGUCAUCAUAUUCCUAUGAUUACUAUUACUAUGACCCAACAAUUUGUGAAAAUGUACAACCUGGACUCUGGGUAAGGGACACUGUAGAUUGCACCAUUGCCCACCAAUGUGGCUUUGACAUGGAAGUGAUACAGUCUAUUCAAUGCAAUGCUAGUCAAGUCUGGUCCAAACUGGCCUCUGCUUGUGUAUGGGAAUGGGACCCAGACAGAGAUGACUGCAAUGGAAAGCCACAAUUGUCCAUUAAUGCGGAUCCCAGGUGUGUUAAGAAAACUGGUAAUAACCCUCACCCAGAAGACUGCUCCAAAUUCUUGUCCUGUGCUAAUGGCACAAUGGUGGCAGAGCAGCGAUGUUCAGAUGGAACCUUAUACUGGCCACGGAAUGCCACUUGUGAAUUUGCUGAUAAUGUUGCUUUUGAUUGCGGCCAUAGAAAAAUCCCAAUGUCUAUUCCAAUUUAUGAAGACGACCCUUUGUGCAAAACGAACGGCCAAGUUCCAGAUCCAACAAGCUGCCGUCACUUCAUUCAGUGUCUUCAUGGGAAGAAAGUGCAAAGGAUUCAAUGUCCCCGUGGCACUGCCUUCUCCGACAAAACAAAGCAGUGUGAAUGGUAUGAGGAGGUUCACUGUGGCAGCAGAGCUGUCUAGAAACCACUUUCAUUAAGUUGUCUAACCUUAAAAGUACCUCUUUAUAAUUAUAUAGUGUUGUCUACCUUUGUAUAAUAGAAUUAAUUUUUUUAAACAAGAAUACUUGUUUAGUCUAGGUUUAUCUUGUGCACAAAAACCCAUAUAUAACAACUUAUGCUUUUGAAAUAAUAUAUAGAAUUGUUCAAUUUUUACAUUUUCUUUACCUAAUACAAAAUGGUGAAUAAAAAUGCAUCCAAAUGAGAUUCCUUCUCCCAAAUAAUGAUUUUCUAGUGCUGCUAUUUCAUUUGCAUUUUAGCAUCCCCCUACUAAAAACCUGUCAGCAGAAAGCGUUAAUGAGUUUUUGGCACAUCGGCACACUUUAGGCCAUGUUGUGCCCGUAAAGCGUUAAUAAAAUAUUUGUAAAGUUUGAGUGUUUUAAGUUUUGAAUAGCUAAAUUUUCAUAACAUUCAUUAUUUUUGUUAACAAUUACAUAACUUUAGUUACAUUUUAAGUGUUCAUUAUCAGCUAUUGGUAAUUUUAAAAAAAAAAAUCAAUUAUCCUGUUGUUUGUUUUUGGGUAGAGAUUCUGUUUUCAUAAUUGAUCACAGCUGGAAUGACUUUUGUUAGUUUGUCAUAUGCUCACAAAUAAACAUUUAACAAUGGUGUUCAUUUAUCACAUAUUUUAUUGUUGGUCAGUUUCUUACAUAUCACCUUUACCAUUACAAACUUUCAGAGAAAUGUUUAGUUUUUAACUUGGACACUUACAGAGUUGCAAAGACAAAGACUUGGCAAAGAUUGACCAAUAAUGACAUUUUUAAAAUGUAUGUUGCUUGAGAUGAAGCUACACACAAAAAAAUGAUUUCAAAUAGCAACCUGAUUAAAAUCAAGUUUCUCUAUUUCAAGCAUAUACUUUUUUUACAUUGAAAUUGUGUAUCACUAAAAUCUUUUUUUUUUUUUUGCCAAAACUUUUUAUUAGUUCAUUAUUGUAAUUUUUUUUUAAAUAUAAAGACUCAUUAAAUUAUUUAAAAAUGGUGGAUUGUGUUAAUUUGUGAAAAAUGUAAAUCUUAAUUAUUAGAACCCUGACAUCACCUAUACAGUAUUACUGUACCAUACAGCUGACAUUUCUGCACCUCAUCAAAAAGCUGAAUAAAACUCAAAUGUUUUACAAUGUUA